UGUUUUGAUUGUGAGUGCAUUUCAACCACAAUUAGCUCUGCAUUCAAUUGGACACACAAUUAGCACUCAACGCACUCACCGUAAGUGUGCGACCAUUGGACACACAUUUAGGCCUCAAAUCUAUUUCAAGUCACUCAUCAUAUCUCUAUAGACAACAAAUUAACUGUCAAUUGAAUGCUUGAUAUUUAAGUAAAUUAUUAAUUAUAUUAAUACAACGAGUCAUCAGUAUAUGAGUGCAAUUCAACCACUGUUUCAACCAUUUGUUUGUUUUCAUUAUUGAAUUGUGUUUUAGAUUUUAUAUUAUAUUAUAUUUUUAACUAAUUAUAAGUCAUUUAUAUUUUUGUGUUUUAUUUGUGACAACAAAUCGAUUGCGGUUUUGAUUGUCAAUUGAUUGGUUCUUUAAUCACUAUUAUCUCACUCACGAGACACUGAAAUGACUUUUAAGGCAUACAUUGAAUAAAAUCCGAUUAAUGGUAACGAUUAUCACUCCUCGUGAGUGAUAAGUGGUGUGUAUUUGGGGCUCAGAUGUCACUGAACCGACUGAUUGGUGCGCCCCUAAUGGCUGCGGCCUUCCCGCGGAUCAUCCGCAUAGUGAUCGGACAGGGAGGCCAUGGAGGCCACGGCGCCAACAUCGACAACAAUAUCGCCAUUAAUAUCAAUAACAUAAACAUCAAUAACAACAACAACGAUGAGCCACAGGACGUAUCGCUGGUGCGGAUCAGAGCGCGACUCUUUCGGGUGCUCUUCUUCAAGAUAGCGGUGGUGUACGCGCUGUCAGUGCCCACAGCUCUGCGCAAACUCAUCGAGUGGUCAGUGCUGGUGACGGCCCUCCUGUCCCUCGCCGUGCUCUGUCACCUGCACCUCUCGUUCAUACGGACACCCAUUCACUGUUUGGAUCACAUCCAGAACGAGUGGCCCCGCGAUGGCAUACUUCGCGUGCAGAUACUCAACGACCCGCACGACCACCACAUGAACGCCGGCACCAGUGAUGAGCGCCCGAUGGCUGACAAUGACAUUCUCGCCGACAGUAAGAACUCGACCAUUGGUUUCGAGUUUAGUGUUAAUAGUGAAGAGCAGGCGUUGACUGACAAGACUAUGGAUAAAGACCUGACAACUAAUGAACACUUGGAACCAAUUAGUGAUAGUAAUGGUGAGGGAGUGUCUGAUCCAAACGGCGGUCAUAUUGCGGCGAAAGAUAAUGACUAUUACACUAAUCUGAGUGGUAUUGCAGUCAAAGAUCUCGUUGAUUACAGCAAUCAAAUCAAUAAUAAUAAUGAAAACAAUGGUUAUCCACAACCACUCAAGGAUAAGGUGUCGCACCUGCAGAUGAUUGCACGGGCAGUGUGGCCGCACGAGAGUUAUAUCGUUGAGUAUUCACUGGAAUACGGUUUCCUACGGCUGUCCGCUCGGGCCCGACAACGGCUCCAAAUCCCCAUUAAAGUGGUAACUCUGGACCCGCGCGACAACCGGUGCUUCGGCGACGUGUUCUCGCGGACACUACUGUCCAACUUCUUAGGCUAUGACGACAUACUGAUGGGUAGUCUGAAGAAUUUGGCCGAAAAGGAGAACAACAGGGGAUACGUGCGGAACGUAAUCACUGGCGAACACUACCGGUUCGUGAACAUCUGGAUGACGAGGGCCUCGUAUAUCGCGGCCGCCUUCAUAAUGUUGGUCUUCACGCUCUCCAUAUCAAUGCUGUUGAGGUAUAGUCACCACCAGGUGUUCGUCUUCGUGGCCCAACUCAUGCAGACACUGGAGUCCAAUAUCCAUCUGUCGUACCAGACGUUUCCGGCCGCACCUCUACUCACUGUCAUCCUGGCGCUCGUCGGUAUGCAAUCGAUGGGAUUUGAAAACUGAAAUCAUUUAACGGAAAUCAAACUCUUAUUUGUUUUGCGAUUGUUU